AACCCUCCACUCUCGCUCACGCCCCCGCUCGGCGCAGCCCUCCAUGAAUCUCCGCUCCUUGGUGGCGCCCACUUCGUGUCUCCUCCGCACGGUUCUCGCUUCCGCCAUGAGCACGGGCAGCUUUGUCGUGUCGCAGCCGCUCAAUUACCGCGGCGGAGUCCGCGUGGAGCCGGUGGACGCUUCCGGCACCGAAAAGGCGUUCGAGCCCGCCACGGGCCGAGUGAUAGCUACUUUCACAUGUUCUGGAGAAAAAGAAGUCAGUUUGGCUGUUGAAAAUGCAAAGGCUGCCUUUAAAAUAUGGAGUAAAAAGUCUGGCAUGGAGCGGUCUCGAAUCCUUUUAGAAGCUGCCAGAAUAAUAAGGGAACGGACAAAGGAAAUUGCCAGUGUGGAGACCAUCAACAACGGGAAGUCCAUCUUCGAGGCCUGCUUAGACAUUGAAAAUUGCUGGCAGACCCUGGAGUAUUUUGCAGGCUUGGCUGGAUGCAUGGCUGGUGAACACAUCCAGCUCCAAGGUGGAUCCUUUGGCUACACCAGAAGAGAGCCACUUGGGGUCUGUGUGGGGAUAGGAGCGUGGAACUACCCCUUCCAGAUUGCCUGUUGGAAGUCAGCUCCAGCUUUGGCCUGCGGAAAUGCCAUGGUCUUUAAACCUUCUCCCUUCACGCCUGUUUCUGUUUUGCUCCUGGCUGAAAUCUACAUCGAGGCUGGUGUGCCUCCUGGGCUCUUCAAUGUGGUUCAGGGAGGCGCUGCCACGGGCCAGUUUCUCUGUCAGCAUCCAGAUGUGGCCAAGGUCUCCUUCACUGGCAGCGUGCCUACUGGAAUGAAGAUCAUGGAGAUGUCAGCUAAAGGAAUCAAACCUGUUACCUUGGAGCUUGGUGGCAAAUCUCCUCUCAUCAUCUUCUCUGACUGUAACAUGGAUAAUGCUGUGAAGGGGGCACUGAUGGCCAACUUCCUCACACAAGGCCAGGUUUGUUGUAAUGGCACACGAGUAUUUGUACAAAAGGGAAUUCUUGAUAAAUUUACUGAAGAAGUGGUGAAACAGACCCAGAAGAUAAAAAUUGGAGAUCCCUUUCUGGAAGAUACAAGGAUGGGUCCACUUAUCAACAAACAACAUCUGGAGAAGGUUCUUGGCUUUGUUAAAUUGGCAAAGGAAGAGGGUGCUAAAGUGUUAUGUGGUGGAGAGCUGUAUGUACCUGAGGAUCCCAAAUUAAAAGAUGGAUAUUACAUGAAACCUUGUAUAUUAACUAAUUGCAGAGAUGACAUGACCUGUGUUCAGGAAGAGAUCUUUGGACCAGUUAUGUCCAUUUUAUCAUUUGACAGUGAAGAGGAGGUUCUGAAAAGGGCCAACAACACCACUUUUGGACUAGCAGCUGGUGUUUUUACCAGAGACCUCCAGCGGGCUCACAGAGUGGUGGCUGAGCUGCAGGCUGGAAUGUGCUUCAUUAACAACUAUAAUGUCAGCCCUGUGGAACUGCCCUUUGGUGGCUAUAAGAAGUCAGGGUUUGGCAGAGAGAAUGGCCGGGCGACAAUCGAUUAUUAUUCUCAGCUGAAGACUGUGUGCGUGGAGAUGGGCGAUGUGGAGUCUGCUUUUUGAAAUUCUCUAUGAAGUCUGUCCAUGAGAGAAAACUGGGAACUUGUCAAAUCCAGACUUCCAGUCAUUCUGGAUAAGAUAAUGGUCCAGUGUUCUUCACCUAUCACUUACCUCUCUAAUGAAAAUGUGCCUAAAUGCCCUUCAGACAGUAAUCAGAAACCGAUUUUCCUUAAAGCCCAUUCCUGUGAAAUCUGUCAAAGCCAAGAACCAAGAUUCCAGCCAUGUUAAUUUUGUUUUGUUUUUACCUUACUUUAAGAACAUGAUACUUUGUAGGUUCCUAGUAGAGUCAGUAGAUAUGAUUUAUGUUUGCUGACUUUUUUGUGUGUGUGCUGGUACUGGGGCUUAACUUCAGGGCCUGGUGCUGUCCCUUAAUUUCACUCAAGGCUGGUACUCUACCACUUGAACCCCAGCUACGUUUUACACUUAAGUGCUAAGUACUACACUUAUUACUUAAUUAGAGAUGAGUCUCAUGGACUUUUCUGCCCAGGCUGACUUUGAACCUCAGUGCUCAGAUCACAGUCUCCUAUAUAGUGGCCAUUGAGCCACUGGCAGUGAGCUUUGUUGACAUUUUUAAAGCUGUGGUCUUCUGUCAUUUCCAUUGAUAAAGCUGAUGAUUCAGAUAGAGGGCUUUAAGUAAUAGACAAAGGUCCGGCUUUGUGCAAAUUGGAAAUUGAUUUCAUUCAAUGCCCCCUCCCAGCCCCCCAUGAAGACUUACCUCAGGUCCUUAAACACUACAGCUUGUUCUCUUGAUUUUUAGCCCCUUACCCCUAGCUUGCUCUCUUACAGCAAAAAGUUGCUUUUUAAAAGUGCUUAAAUGAUCACUGCUACUGUAUAGUGAAUUUAAAAAUAAAUCACACUUAAUACUUUUACUUAA